AUGGGGCCACCUGGCCCUUAUAAAAGGACUCUCCACCACACUGAUGCCAUCAUCUUGACGCUCAGUCCUAGACCUUCUUUGAAGGCUCAGGUUGACAGCUGGCAGAGAAAAGGCUUGGUUCCUCAAAAGGAUACCACGUUGUUGGAAGACGAGCAGCAGGAUCAUCAGCUGAUCUCGCUUUGCCGUCUGUCUGUCUGUGAUCUGGGUGGUGAUCUCUAUCCUGUGAGCCCUUUGCUAUAUAAAGGGGCACUCUGCUCCAUUGUUGCUAUCCUCCUCACACUCAAAUCCCCAACAGCUCUGGAGAAUCAAGUUCCCUCAUAUCCAGAAAGAUGUCCUAUCAGCAGCAGGAGCAAUGCAAGCAGCCCUGCCAGCCCCCUCCUGUGUGCCCACCUCCCAAGUGUCCAGAGCCAUGCCCACCUCCUAAGUGUCCAGAGCCAUGCCCACCUCCGGAGAUUCCACCUCAACUCUGCCAGCAGAAGUGUCCUCCUGUGCAGCCACCACCACCAUGCCAGCAGAAGUGACCACCCAAAAGCAGCAAGAGCAAAAGCCAUUAAGGCCAUAAUGCAAGAAAAACAAAUAGUUCCUCCCAUCUCCAGCAGCUUCGUCGUCUCUUCUCUGAAGCCUGUCCUGGUGGCGGAUGGUGCUCCCUGAGCCUCUAUCCUGCUCUUCCUGCGGUGAUGCUUGACAUAAAAGAGACUUAAUCCUGAAGGAACUCUCUUUCUUUUUAGGGUCAGAUUCCUGUCUGAGAUAGGGCCAUUCUUGGGGAUGCCAGAGCCCUAGAGCCCCAGAUAAAAGAGCAACAGGAACAAGUCUAACUUCCUUAAAAUGCAGCCUUUCUUUUCUGUGUGUCUGAGAUCUGGGCAACCCUUUCUGUGGUCUGGGAAACAUAGCUUUGCUCCUGUUUCCCUAAUAAAGCAUGUUUCAUGAUGGAACAAAUGCCUUUCUUCUUUAAUCCUGGUUGUUAGCUGUAUCAGACUAGUAGGCAAUUAUUUGUUUUUUUAUCAGAUCUCUGAAUUCAGAUGACGUAGUAAUCAUAGUUCAUUGGGUUUGGCUUGAAACGUGUCUGUUUAGAUUGAGUACAGAAAUAAGUCCUUUUUUUUUAGC